AUGGCGACACAGACGAGACCUAGUUCGGUUAAGAGCGAGUCACGCGAUGGGUCUUCUUCUCUUGCUUCUAGAGUCAAGAUCGAUCCGUCUUUUAAGGACAAGAAAAAGAUUCCAAUCUCUAGCAGACCGAUCAUGUCGGAUACCAAACCCAGAUCCGCUCUUUCCACCGUCACUCCCAAAUCUGAGGCAAAGCCCAAAAUACCUGUAAAUACGGGGAAAUCAACGGCAACAACAUCUGCCGCAGCAGCGAAAGGUAAAGCGAAAAGAGAGAAGAAAGUUUAUUCAUUAGCAGGACAGAAAUUUGAUCCUCCUGAAGAGAGAGAGCCCUUGAGGAUAUUCUACGAAUCAUUAUCGAAACAAAUACCAGGGAGCGAAAUGGCUGAGUUCUGGCUAAUGGAACAUGGAAUGUUGUCUCCGGAUAAGGCGAAGCGAGCACAUGAGAAAAAGCUAAGAAAGAUGAAGCAAAUUCGAAUGGGAACACCGAUUAAACCGACGCCAUCAUAUUCUAGUAAACCGGAGAGUUCUCAAAGACCAUCUGCGUCCAAGAACAACGGUUUAGAUGCGAGAAAGAAGAAGAAAGUUGUUGAUGAUGACGAGGAAGAUGAUGAUUUUGUCCUAAGCCACAAGAGAAGGAGAGUGUAA